UUUUAUUUAAAAAUUUACUUAAAUUUUAUUGCUACAAUUAUGAGACAAAAAACUUAUGUACUAGCAAAGGCAAUUUUGGAAAGAAAAGAUAUUCUUUUUGGUUCAAGCGAAAAUGUUUUUAAACCGCAAGCAUUAAAAGAAAAAGAAGAUGCUUGGGAGGGUGUUCGACUUGAAAUGAUUGAACAAGGAUUUCAAAAUUUUGAACGAAAAUCUUGGAGAGAUGUUAGAAAUCAUGAUUGGCAAUAUUUGCGUAGAUCAGCUGUAGCUAAAUAUGAACAUAAUCAGAAAUCUGGUGUCGAAGAGAUUCCUUAUAGUGAGGUUGACAAGGUUGUUUUCGAUAUAAUGGGGAACGAGGUUCUUCAAUCGUCAGCACAAUUUGACCCUAUGAAUGGAGCACUUAAUGCCACUUUCAACUGGUUAAAAUGUGAGGAACAACAUGCUGGAUCUGACAGUGCUGAUUCUUCAUUUUUGUCCACUUUGAAUAUUCCGGCUGUUGAGCAAGUGCAAACAGAUCAGCAGCAACUUAAUACAUUCCUGAGCUCUGCGUUGGCUGCGAGCGCUUCAUAUUUAAGUCGAAAAACAUCAUGGGAAACACAAAGUUCACCAAUUGAAUCACCACGUGGAGAUCAGCCACUUCGCAAACAACAACGUUUUUGUUCUCAAUCUGCCAAACAAAGCCCUCAAAAUAAUGGAAAUGAGAAUCAUAUAACGGAUAAAAGCAAAGAUAACGAUGUAAUUAUAACUGAUGGUCCAGACAAUGCCACAAAUGCUGAAUUAUUAGUUCAACGUAUAAUCGAAGCAUCUACUCAAAAUAAUAACAGCAAUUUAUUAAUUUCAGAAAAUUCUGAGGAAAUACGUCCAUCAGUUUCCAGCGGUGUAAUUACUUCGACAUCAUCAACUGCUAAUAAUAAUAAUAUUGACAAUGUUCGUAAACGUCAACAUUCGUCUUCUUCAAUAAUUGCAACAAAGUCGAUUGAGGAUGAAAUACAAGAAGCAAAAUUGAAACAAAUUAAUUUACAAAUCAAAAGAGAAGAAAUUAUUUUAUUGCAAGAAAAGGCAAAAUUAUUACAGGAAGAGGCAAAAGUUCGUCAAGAAAAUGCUAAAGCUGAAUUAUUGGAGCGACAAUUGGCUAAAAUUGUGGAUGGUUAGAAAUUAUUAGGUAUAUUUUUGAAACAAGAGUAAUAUUGCUUGGAAUUUUUUUUUCAAUUCCCCUAAAAUUCUAUCAAUUAUGUAAUAUGCACGGAAUUUUAUAAACCUUUUUUUGUUGGAAAAAUCCACGUGGUUCUUUCUGUUCUUUCAUCUCAUUUAAAUAUUUUUUUAACUUCAUUUAAGUUAAAAUUUUUUCGUUUGCAAAAUACUCCUUAUUUUUAAAAUUUCCAAAAUUAUUAAAGAAACUUUUUCUUCAAAAAUUGGUUUCCCGAUUUAAAAUUUUCUUCAAAAAUUCAUUUUAUUACAAAUUCUGUGCAUAAUUUUUCUUUCUUCUCUCAAAAAGUUUUAUUCGUUAUAAUUGAUUCUCCCACCCAAAUACCUCUUUCUUUCUUCCUCUUACUCUUUCCCCAAUUACCUUGUCUCCCAAAAUUUAAUGUCAUUUUUUUCAUGUCACAGCAAUAACUUCAAAAAAGACUAAAAAAAUUGUUGAUACUUUCUUCCCAUUUUAUCUUCAUUUUUUCACUUGUUAUCAUAAAAAUCUCAUCACACCUAAUACAAGGUGACCGAAAAUUAAUGGGACACUUUAUUAUUUUUUGUUUUAUCAUUAAGGAGAAAUAUUGUCCAGAAUUUUUCCACACAUUUUUACUUCUGUAUCCAAGCCAAGUAUCUAAAACUCCUGAUUAUUUUAUCUUUUAAAAUUUAUUUUAUCCAAUUAUUUUGAGUAACAUUUUGAAAUAAACAGUGUCCCCUUAAUUUUCUCAUCUACUUAUUACAAAUUAGAUAAGAAAAUAUUUUUUUGUUUAUCAAAAUUCACAACAUUGCCAUAAUUUUUGAAUUUAUUCUAAUUAUCUUCCCCAUACAUUUUAUUUUUCAAUCCUAAAAAUUUUUGCUAUAUUUAUCAAUACAUUUAUUCCCCCUAACAGCAAUUAAAAAAUAAAAUAAGGUACUAAUUACUUCACCUGCAUUUCGCCCUUUGCGCGCGACACUUUUUUUCUAUUAAGUAAGUACCACAAUAAAAAAUAUUUUUUAUUUCGCCAACAGCCCCCAAACCUUUGCCAUCUCUCCCGUGAAAAAAUGUGGUUUUACUGUCCG